AUUACGUUAUUGUAUCCGGGUUCAAUGCGGGAAAACACCAGUAGUGAUUUUUGGCAGUGAGUUAACCCCUCUUUUGUAGAUGACCUAUUAAACAUGAUAAUAGUGAAGGCCGUUUUCACUGCAAUAUCCGGGCGGAUUUAUUAAUAUCACUGUUUCUCACUAAAAGGAUAACUAACAAUCGAAGUGGCAAGUGGCGUGGAGUUUUAGUAUUUGGCAAUGUCCGGGCGGAUGUAAAUAACACAGUUAUAUUGGUCAAAAGGGGAACCCCCUUAAAGCUUUAAGCAUCAGGUCGAAACUAGACAGGACAGUCGUACCAGCUGGUAUUUAAACGGACAACGAUUAAUUCACUUAAUCAAACUGCGUCGUACCCACACUGGAAGUCGGUCUCGGUUUAGAUCAUGCAGCAACCUUAAAGUCACAUCCAUCUGACGAACAAUUUCUACUAUUGGUGAUCAACAGGUUAAUUGCCACUUUUGCGGUCCAGAUUCACCGUCGACAAAUCGCAACCCAUACAGCCAUCACGAUUACAUUCCUCAAUCCUCAUGGAGACCUCUAUUGUUUCAGAUGAAGCUAUUCCGAACUCUACAGAGAUGAAUGUCUUCUUUACCACAUCAAGUGGACUUAAGGAUCCAACCGAAACAGACAUGACAGUGAUUGGCACAACAAUCACCAACGGAGACGGCAGAAACUUUCGGUUUGAAGAUGAAACUCAAAGAAUUAUUCUAGGCUGCGUUUACUGUCUAGUAGCCGUCUUUGGGCUUGUUGGGAACACCAUGGUCAUUCUGGCCGUUGUCUUAUCCAAGAAGCUUCAGACCCGCACAAAUGCUUUCGUCGUCAACCUGGCAACUGCCGAUUUGAUUUCGUGUCUCACGUCACCUUUUGCUGCGGUGGCGCUGUUCAGCCUGAACGGCUGGCCGUUGCCUGGGUUGGUAUGCUCCGUGUCCGCUGCCAUAUACUACAUCAGCCUUGCAUGCAGCAUCAUGAAUCUUACUACCAUCGCAGUUAACCGCUACGUUCUCAUUACCAAAUCCAUACAGACAUACCAGUCUAUCUACACACCCAAGAAGAUAGCCGCCAUGAUGGUGAUGACGUGGUUGUAUCCUGUAUUAGUCUGUUCCCUUCCACUCGUUGGUAUCGGUAAAUGGGGUUACUCUGACAAGUACAAGACUUGUACUCAAGACACCUCGGCUGAAUCUAGCGAUCUCUUCAGUCUGCUGGGAUCUGCUCUAAUCUACCCCAUUCCACUUAUCAUCUUGUUCGUCUGUUACUUCAAGAUCUACCGCCACAUCACAGGCCACAUGAAGAAGAUGAUGGAAAAGGGCAUUGAGAUGCCGGAUUCCUCCACCGCGUCGAAUAGCAGCACCAAGAGACUCCGGGAGAGAUCCACCGUAAAGAUCAGCAAGAGACAGGUUGAGAUCACCAAGAAUCUCUUCUAUGUCAUGUGCGCCUUCGUGGUGUGUCUCGCCCCCUUCGCCAUCGCUCUGAUGAUACCGCCCAGCGAUCCGGUCAUCCCUUGGACUGGGGCGUUCAUCAUCUUCAACAGCGCCGUCAACCCCGUCAUAUACGGGGUGAAACACCCGCACUUCAAGGAGGUGUUCCGUCACAUGCUCCGGUGUCGGUACUACAUGAUUCCGGAACCAUCUACUUGUCUUCGAAAGUUGAGCUCAAAAUAGACACAACUUUGACCCCUAGGACCCCUUGUUAAACAGCCAAGAA